CUUUGACAAUUUCACCGGCAAAAAUUGUUGCGUCCACUGUAUAUACAUAAGAUAAGCAACGCACACAUACACAAUUUAACCAUUUUAACUCCGUAGUACAUUAGGCGCUGCCAACCCCAGUCUCGCAGCUGCUCCUUCCUGUAUCAUGCGAAAGUUAGCAGCACACAUAAUAUCAUAGAUUAAUACUCAAAUAAGUUCCUGCAAUCUUAUGUGCAUGACGAUCUAUCGUCGGUUUUCUGAUUUACAUAUCCAUAUUUUGGAAGUUAAAUACAUUAAUGAUAGUUUUUUGAUAGCCUGUGAUAUUACGUAACUUUGUGUUUAUUUGUUGUUGUAAUCAUAGUGUUGUUUGAUGACAACACAUUUGGUGAUAAUCUGUACUGUAAUAUGGCUGCUCUUGCUACAGAAGACGUUGCCUCUGAUGACUUACAGUGUGGAAUGGGCAUCGACUCGCUGCCAACCCAGCCUUUGCAUUACAAUUGGGUAGAUGUGACUGAUGAAUUUUUCAGUGCUGUGAAAGGGCUGGAGUUGGGUCAGCUACUGCAUGAUGAUCUGUUUGGUCUUUUUGAGGCAAUGUCAGCCAUUGAGAUGAUGGAUCCAAAAAUGGAUGCUGGGAUGCUGUGUAAUAGAGGCAGCAAAGCAACACUCAACUUUGAUCAAGCAGUUGAGGUGGGAGCUUUAAAACUUCAGGACCUUUGCUUAGCAGAAGAGAUUGGUAUAAUUGACUCUACACUGUCAUGUCUGGUGUCAUGGCUGGAAGGGCAUUCUCUAGCUCAGACGGUGUUCACCAAUCUUUAUCUUCACAAACCGCAUCAUAUUGAAGACAGGGUUAUGAAAGCUUUUAGUAUAAGCAUUUUUAAAAUAGUGGACAUUAUCAAAGACUUUGUAAAUAGGGCCUUAGUAUUUGAAGAGGAAGAUUUUCAACCCAUGGUGUAUGGCUAUCGUCUAGUACCAGAUGUGUCUGAACCUCGCACCAUAGGCAUGUUAAAGGAGGUGGAGGAGGAACUGCAUCGCCGGACACGCAGCAAACCAUCAGAUUUGUGUUCAAUUGAUGAGCAUGAAGAUGUGGUGGCACUGUACUCACGCAUAAAGUUCAUGAGGCUACUGUAUCAGGCAUUGGUGUGUCUUGGUCGCCGGGAACCGGUGGGUCUAGGUGACUGUCACAGACUAUUGGCUGGUUGCUCUGAGCUGAUGGUCACCAUGCAAAAGACUGUAGGCAGAGGACUUCAGCCUGAAGUAGAAUCUGACCACCCAGCCAUAAUGGGAUUUGAUCCACUUGUUAAUCAGCGGUUACUUCCACCAACAUUUCCUCGGUAUACAAAAAUUAAGUCUCGCGUUGAAGCACUGGAGUAUUUUGAAGAACUGCUGAACAGAUUGAAAGUUGUGUGUAGAAUUACAAGUCACAGUUCAUUUCAUAGUGCACUGGAUUUCUUCAUUGAGUUCAGUCAGCAUGGCCCAUGCAUUCUGUCCCGCUCCAUACUGCAGUUGCUGUAUCUCCCCCAGUGCAAUAGAGUAUUUGGCACUUUUAAUUUUGUGGAUGUACUAAGAGAUGCAGCUAAGAACUUCAUAUUUCCACCAGCUUUAAUGCCAAAGUCAACAUUGCUGAACAAUACUCAGGCAAAGGAAUAUGUGGAAACGUUUCUUAAUCAUUGUGUUCGACCAUUUGCCAGUCUUGUGCAGUUAUGUGGGCAUAAUCGAGCAAGACAGAGGGACAAACUGGCACACCUGCUGGAAGACUUUGCCACAUUGCAAGAUGAGGCUGAACGGGUGGAUGCAUAUUUGCAUAAUCUGUCUCUGAAGUCAGACUCUCCCCGCCCACAUCUUGCCUGCUUUGGUACGUGGAUAUUGUAUCAUACAUUGAGGAUCAUGAUAAUGUACUUGCUGUCUGGCUUUGAGCUGGAACUCUACAGCAUGCAUGAAUACCACUACAUAUUUUGGUAUUUGUAUGAAUUCCUCUAUGGUUGGCUGGUGUCUGCCUUAUCAAGAGCAGACACUUUCCUCAUGGAACAGGAAGCCAUGGCAGAGAGUCACAGAGGUCGUGGUGCAAAGAAAAAUAAGGCCAAGAAGAAGAAGACAAGACCUUAUGGAAGAGAGAUAGCUAUGUAUCAAGCACUGCAGAACUUGUGUGGCGGAUUCUAUAAGGCAAUGGUAGGUUUUCGACUGGAUGGGAAGAUCAAGCUACCUCACACUGAAUUUGACAAUGAACAGGUGCGUUAUGAGCACCGGUUUGCUCCAUUUGCAAGUUUAUUGACACCGCCACCCAUGCAGUAUGCCGAGUUUCAAGAUAUGACAUCACUCCUUCGUUACGAAAAAGCACCUAGCAGUACAAACCUGUACCUAGCGGGCUGCCAGCUAUUUCAUAAAGCUCGUUCCAUGUUGGAAACCAUCAACACUCCAGAUCAAGAAGUGAGUGACCUUCUGAAAGUUUCUAAAACCAACUUUGUGGUUCUCAAGCUCCUUGCUGGUGGCCAUAAGAAGGACUCAACAAAUCCACCAGACUUUGAUUUCACUGGACAUUGUCAUUUUCCAAUUAUCAGACUGUUGUGAAGUUAAUUGCACAUUUUGAAACUCUUUAACAACAAAAUGAAUGAUAAUUUAGUUGUUUACUCUGUAAUAAAUGUAUGUUAAAACUGUUAUCCUGUUUCUGAACACACUGUUUUUAUUUGCAUGUACAUACAUUUGAUUGGUGGCUGGCCUCUGAAGGUGAUUACUGGCAAAAAAGACUGAAAUAUAUAUAUAAUAAAGCACCACAGAAAUGCUGGCUCAGAAUUAUGUGAAGACAUUA